GGUCCUCCAGUCUACCCCCUACUAAGACUUCCAAAUCCUGUGUACUCAUCAGCUGCGGUUAAGGGGAUCAUAGUUUCUUUUAAAGUUUCAGAGUCAUCAUCAUUUUACUGUUCCUCCUGGACUAAGAGGAGUCCAACGACUUAAAAUCACGCUCAUUGACUGUAUCUACCUGCAGAAAUCUUCUGAUUCCUUGAAAGUUUCCUUGCACGCCGGCUCAAGAUGCCAGAGCCAACAAAGAAAGACGAGAUGCCAAAUGGUCAGCCAGAAGAAAGUGUUGCCCCAGACAGUAACGGUGCCCCAACCGUACCUGAGAUUUCCCUGGAGGUUUCUCCCCCACCAGAGUCAGUAGCAGAGGGGAAAGAGCCUGUAGAGACUGAUGGGAAGAAACCAGAGCCCACAGGGCCUGAGCCAUUACAGGCUGUGGUGGGUCAGGAGCAGAACCUGGUCAAGAACAUUUCGAGCCAACCAGAGCCUAGUGUGGUUGGGUUAAAUGAGCAAGUAGCGCCCUCUAACCCUGCUGUAAAGGAAGAGGGCUCUGGCUCUCCCCCACCACCUGAGAAUGGCAAUACAGUGAAGAAACUCUCAAUUGACCUGCCUAAUGAUAGUACCCCUGUGGCAACCACGGGGAGAAAAGACUCAGUGUGGUCUCUGGGAGAGGGUCAGGUCCCAGAGGACGUGGACAAACCAAUCGACAACCCACCGUUGUCUACGCUGUUGAUCGAGAGCCCACAGAGUGGAACUGUCACUGUGGGGGGUGACAUCACAUUUGUUGCCAAGGUGGAAGCUAAGGAUCUUCUCCGCAAACCUACUGUUAAGUGGUUUAAAGGGAAAUGGAUGGAUCUGGCCAGCAAGACAGGAAAACACCUACAACUUAAAGAGACAUUUGACAGGCAGACGAAGAUCCACACAUUUGAGAUGCACAUCAUCAAGGCCAAAGACAACUAUGCUGGAAAUUAUAGAUGCGAGGUGACCUACAAGGACAAGUUUGACAGCUGUUCCUUUGAUUUAGAAGUUAAAGAAGUUGAAACAGGCUCACACGCUAUUGAUAUUCGCUCAGCAUUCAAAAGAAGCAGUGAAGGACAAGAAGAUGCAGGAGAGCUUGACUUUAGUGGUCUCCUUAAGCAUAGAAAUCAAAGGGAGCAUAAGCAGCAAGAUGACACCCCUGAGGUGGACGUGUGGGACAUCCUGAAGAACGCCAGGCCAGACCAAUAUGAGAAAAUUGCUUUCACGUACGGCAUCACCGACCUAAGGGGUCUGCUGAAAAGAAUGAAAAAGAUUCCCAAAGAAGAGAAAAAGAGUGCAGCCUUUGCAAAGAGGUUGGACCCAGCGUACCAGGUGGAUAAAGGUGGAAAAAUUCGCUUGAUUGUUGAUCUGGCGGACCCCACAGUGGAUCUAAAGUGGUACAAGAAUGGACAGGAGAUCAGGCCUUCUCCAAAUCAAAGGAAGUAUAUUUUUGAACAUAAGGGCACGCAAAGGAUUAUGGUCAUCAACAAUUGCACCUCUAAUGAUGAUGCAGCCUAUUCUGUAGUUGCAGGGGAAGAGAAAUGCACCACAGAGCUUUUUGUCAAAGAGCUACCAAUAAAGAUUGUUAAAGGCAUUGAGCCUGUGAAGACUACAGUUAAUGAGAGGAUUGAGCUGGAGUGUGAGGUAUCAGAAGAAGGUGCUCAAGUUAAAUGGAUGAAAAACGGUGUCGAAGUCCCAACAGGAGUUCGCUCAAGGUACAGAGUAAAGUGUGAAGGAACCAAACAUUACUUGGUUAUUGACGAUGCCACCAAAGAAGACACUGGAACAUAUUCUGUCAUGGCCAGUGGUGGCACUUCAGAGGCUCAUGUUCAAGUGGACUUAAAACCUCUAAAGGUGUUCCAGGAUCUGCAGGACAUGACAGUGAUGCUAGGACAACCCUUAAAGCUACACUGUGAAAUCUUCCCAGGAAAUGUCCCAGGCCGUUGGUACAGGAACGGACAGCUAAUCCAGCCUAGUGAUCGUCUUAACAUCAUACACAGGGCUAAGGUUCACCGACUGGAAAUUGAAACAAAUUCCCUUCAUGAUGCUGGAGAUUACAUUUUUGUACCUGAAGGAUAUUCACAAAGCCUGACUGCCAAAAUCCACAUCAUUGAUCCUCCAAGAGUACACCUGGAAAGCUUGAACUUCCCAGACAACACAGUCACAGUAGUGGCUGGAAACAAACUUCGUUUAGAGAUCCCCAUCAGCGGAGAACCAGCGCCUAGAGUGGUCUGGAUGAAGGGAGAAAGGGUGAUUCUUGAUUCAGGCCACAGAGUUCACGCAGAAACCUACGGUGACCAGACUAGUCUGACAAUUGAAGUCACAGAGCGUGAAGACACAGGAAACUACAAAAUAGUUUUGCAGAAUGAGGCAGGAGAAGCCACAGCCAGUGUCAAAAUCAAGGUUGUUGAUAUUCCUGACCCCCCUGAGGCACCUUUGGUCCCAGUUGUGGGUGGCGAUUGGUGUUCUAUGACAUGGGAACCACCCAAAUAUGAUGGAGGUUCACCCAUAUUAGGCUACUUUAUUGAGAGAAAAAAGAAACAGAGCUCUAGAUGGAUGAGGUUGAACUUUGACUUGAUCAAAGAAACGUCAUUUGAACCCAAGAAGAUGAUUGAAGGAGUGCCAUAUGAAGUUCGGAUCUUUGCAGUAAAUGCCAUUGGCGUCUCCAAACCGAGUGAACCGUCCAAAGCCUUUACUCCGCUUGCCGUGACCAGUGAGCCCACUAUGCUGGUGGUGGACGAUGUUACGGACACCACAGUCACUGUAAAGUGGCGUCCUCCAGAAACCAUCGGGGCUGCAGGGCUGGAUGGAUACUUAGUGGAGUACUGCAUUGAAGGAAGUAACGACUGGGUGGUAUCCAACAAAGAGGUGACUGAGAAAACUAAGUAUACCAUCACUGGACUAACUCCAGGAUGUAAAAUUUUAGUUCGAGUCAAAGCCAUUAACAAAGCUGGAGCCAGUGCUCCACGGACUCUGCAGCACUCUGUCCUGGUCAAAGAGGUUGUUGAACCACCAAAGAUCCGCGUGCCACGACACCUGAAACAGACUUACACUCGCAAAGUUGGAGAAACUGUCAACCUUGUGGUGCCUUUCCAGGGCAAACCUCGGCCAAAGGUUACUUGGGUCAAAGAUGGCAAUCCUGUAGAACCUUCCCACGUUAGCAUCCGCAACACAGACUGUGAUAGCAUAAUUUUUAUCCGUAAAGCGGAGCGAAGCCACUCUGGGAAGUAUGAGAUGACAGUGCAGGUUGAAAACCAUGUUGACACGGCUAUUAUUGACAUACAGAUUGUGGAUCUACCAGGUCCUCCUCAAAGCGUAAUAAUUGAGGAUGUUUGGGGAGGAAAUGUAAAUCUCGUUUGGACCCCACCCAAAGACAACGGAAAUGCCCCAAUAACAGGCUACACCAUUCAAAAAGCAGACAAGAAGACAAUGGAAUGGUUCACAUGCAUUGACCACUACCACCGCACUUGUAUCACCAUCACUGAACUGGUGGUUGGGAAUGAGUACUUCUUCAGGGUCUUCUCAGAAAAUAUGUGCGGUCUGAGCGAACUGGCCACCCAGACUAAAAAGAGUGCUCUCAUCGUCAAAGAAGGCUUGCAGAUGAAAAUACCCGAGUACAGUGACCACGACUUCAAGGAGGCUCCAAAGUUUACUCAACCACUUAUCAACACUUUUGCUGUUGCCGGCUACAACACUACGCUGAACUGCAGCGUCCGUGCCAACCCGAGGCCAAAGGUCAUUUGGAUGAAGAAUAAGAUGACCAUCAUCGGUGACCCUCGCUACCGGAUGUUCAGCAACCAAGGAGUCUGCACACUGGAGAUCAGGAAGCCCAGUCCCUAUGAUGGUGGCAUGUACACUUGCAAGGCCAUCAACGACCUGGGGGAGGCCCAGGUGGAGUGCAAGCUGGAGGUCAAAGGAGGCUUCACCUUCUACGAGCUCAUGCAGCGUGGAGUACCCUUACACCUGAUUGAUAAAUACAUGAACGAGACGAAGAUUGUUGAGCAGGACAAAUUAAAUGGAACCCAUUGCAAUAAGAAGCUUUAGAUUUGCAAAAAUCAGCUACCAUCAGUGGCCCUCAUUUCUCACCUGUCGGGAUCGGCACACUGAUGGCAGUUUUAUGGCUAGAUGAACGGAUCGGGUCCUGUGGAGGGAGUUCUGGUCUGCAGUGUAGAAUGCUGUUUGCAUGUUUAAAGCUUGUCGUUGCCAUAUGAAAACAGCCAUGUUGUCUCCUUUAAAACCCUGUUUUGUUUGGUAUAUCGUAUCACCUCAGAAGUAUGUUGGCAGUGUUUUGGAUAAACCUUUAAGGACCUGCUGUAGUAAAAAAUGACAUCUAAAUAAGGAAUAAUAAACAGAAACUCAUGUCUGAGGUAUUUUAUUGUGGGUUUCUCUUGGGUGUGGUCAGUGAAUGUGUUAUUUGUCUCUGGGGAGUUGCAUAGAAAAGAAACAGAAAUUAUUGAUGUUAAUAUGACUUUAACUCAGUUCUAUAGAACAUGAGAAGAACAAUCUGGGCAAUGUUGGAGAAAAUAACUUGAUUUAGUCUUUCACUUUUUUCUGUGUAAGUUAUUUUUCUUUGUCUUGUGAGAAAAUGUAGAUGUUAGCGCACAUGCAUGACACCUAAACCUUUGAGUUUAUUUGGACUGUUUGAGGUUCAGUCAUAUGUGCAUGUCUUUACCUUUGUAAUUAUGAACCAAAAUUAUAAUAAACCUUUCAAAUGAGUCUGUA